AUGGCUUACGGACGUAUUAUUGAUGACUCUCACAGAUGCGUGGGUGUCAUCAACAGUGAGAAUUAUACUCUGCUAGACUGCGGCGCUUCUGACUACGGGAUUCUCUGCCAGCUACCACCUGAGUGUCCUGAGGGCUUCAGAGAUCACCGCGGGCUGUGCUACGCCGUGGUGUCGUCGGUCAGCAACCUGGUAGAGGGACAGCUGAAGUGUGAGGAGCGUGGCGCAUCUCUGGCCAUCCCUCAGACGCUGGAGGACCUGAAAUUCUUCGCUUGGCUUGUCCGACAACAUGCAGCGAACUCCGGAAUGACCUCCAGCAGUGGCGCCGCAAGUGAUCCUUGGCAGGUCAUGCUCGGCCUUAAUGACAUGUUGGGAGACUUUACUGUAGACGGGUUAUUCCUUCCUGACGGUGAGUUGCUGGACUUGGCGAACACCACAAACCAGACCUUAUAUGACUACUGGCGAGUGCUGGAGGUGCCUGCUGACGAGGACACUUUCCCAUCCCUCCUGCCCGUUACCUUCUUGAGCAAUAGCGCCACAUACGCCAUCUGCAUGUUGUUUGGUCCCACGGGCUGCUGGACUGAGCCACCAUCCCUUGCUGCCAACAUGACACGAGUGUGGGAGGACGGAGCCAAAGACUACUUCACCACCAUUUCCUACAAGUGUCACAGGGGGUACUUCAUGGCAGGGGACACCAAGUGGGCAGAGGAGAACAUCACCUGUGUUGGCAUUUUGGGCGGCUGGUUACCUGGACACCUGUUCGACUGCAUCCGUGUUGAAGUUUGCGACGGCGAGGUUCCUCCAGCGCACGAUCUCAUGAAUUCCACCAGUGACGAGGAUUUCCGCUUCUUGGACGGCAGCCUCACUUACACGUGCCCCCCGGGGAUGGCGACGACGGAAGGACACGUCAAUCAGACCGUCAUCUGCUACGAGAACCCUGACGGCGAUGGCUAUUCAUUCCAACCUUUUCAGGUGGACCCCUGCAAUGUUUGCCAAGAGGAGCCGUCAGUUGGAAAUGCCACCACGAGCUGGAAUGACACGCAAGUAUGGAUGGUGAAUGAUACCCUCAGUGUGGCGUGUAUUCCUCAUCACUUACUGGAUGGUGAGCCGGAUGGUGAGCUCCUGUGUACUCCGCUAGGAUGGGAGGAGCGUUACUGCUAUGAAGGGUGCACAGAGGCCCCUCCAACACCCGGGGCCAACAUGACGCAGGGGGAAGGAGAUUACAGCGUGGGAAGUAUUCUGCAGUAUACCUGUGAUUCUGGUUACUUCGUUCCGCCCCUACAGUUGGGAGAGAUGGCUCGCAGCAUGGUCGAGGUGUCCUGUGGGAUGGAUCAUAACUGGACGUACGUGGGGCCCCUGGAGUGCUAUCGUUUGUGUCAUGGCGACCCUCCUGUGGCCAUGAACAACAUCACCUCCACCUGGGAUUGCUUCUCCAGGGUCGUGGGGACGCAGGUCAACAUGAGCUGUCCCACCAACCACGUCUUCCCUGACCUGAAUGACACCGUGACCAUCACUUGCGAGGAAGACGAGGAGUGGACGCCGGUUUACGCCUCCUUCCUCAUCUGUCGGCAGCUUUGCCCUUGGUCGAAGUCCUCAGAGAUCCUUGUCAACGCUACCAUUCUUCAUGACCCGACUCCUUACUGGCUCGAGAGUGAGAUCCUGUACGGGUGUCCUGACGGGUUCGAGUCCCUUCUAGGCAGCACCACCGCCACUGAAACCUGCUUGGGACGACGGCUGGAUCCUUAGCGAGCCUGGGUUUGGGUGCUUUGCGGUGUGAGAUGUGUGUGUGUGUGUGUGUGUGUGUUUUCAAGGAUGUGGUGUGGUGUGAAUGCAUGUGGCGUGGUGUGUGGAUGACUGAAUGACUGGUUGACUGGUUGGCUUGUUGGUUAACUAGCUGGCUGGCUGACUGAAUGGAUAAUUAGUUGGUUGACUUGUUGGCUAACUGACUUGCUGCUUGGCUGGUUGGGGUAAGUAUCUGGGUGGCUAACUAGAUAAGUGGGUGAUUGUCUGACUGGCUAUCUAACUGACUGGGUGGGUGGCUGCUCGGGUAGUUACCUUAAUGGGUGACUGGCUGAUUCACUAGUUGGUUGAUUCACUGACUGGCUGGAUGACUGAGUAAUUACCUGGCUGCUAGAGAAACUAUUAGACUGGUUGGCAGGAUGAUUAACUAACCGGAUGACUGAAUAUCCAACUGACUCAAUAAUUAGAUAACAAACUCCUUCCCCGUUACUAUUCUGCUGCUUCCCUUACAGCGUGCCAAGAGGAUCCGCCUUCCGUCCCGCCGCCGGAAAACACCACCUGGAACGGCGCCACCAGACUCGUGGGAACCCAGGUUAAUCUCACCUGCCCUAUGAAUCACACGUUCGGGGAUUUCAAUACCUCUCUCAGUCUCACCUGCGAGAAAGACGGGUAUUGGGACCUACGUGGACCCAGAUAUUCUCCUCUGCAGGAUAGAGUGCCCCGAGGAGCCCCCCAGCGCCCCCGCCAACUCCACAUUGGAAGACGCGGUUCCCCCUUACUGGGUGACUUCCAACGUGACCUACGAGUGUGAGGAGGGCCUUGGUUUACCGUGGGGCGGCACCGUCACUGUCCUCACCUGUGAAGAAGACGGGUGGACAGCCUUUCCUACAGGACUCAAGUGUCUGGCAGCCUGCAGUCCUCCACCUCAACCACGGGGGCUGGGGAAGUACAAUCACACGGGGCCGACUCUCUGGGGGACUGUGGUAGAGUACACGUGUCCCUAUGGCUUUGAUGUGGAGGAGAAAGACGAAGAAGAUGAAGGUCCCAUGCUCCUCUCCACCACUUGUGAGGACGGCAGCUGGUCCCUCACUGACAUCCCCAAUUGUUAUGGUUGUUGCGGUUCGGACGCAGCGCACGCGAUGGUCCCACAAGUGCAUGAACUGGUGGCAGCGGUAGGAUACGAACCCACGUUUCCAAGGAGACCGGUUUGAGCCACUGAUCAGUCUCUUUGGAGACUGCCAUCAAUUUAUGCACUGG